GCGUGUCCCCAGUGUCCCAUGGUGACAUCCAGCAGACUGUCACUUCAACGACAUCUCGCGGCGGCGCACAAGGAUGCAGAGGGGCAUUUCUUCUGCAGCGUGUGCGAUGUCAACUUCAAGACUGCAGCAGAAGCAAAAGCACACCGGUCGUCUACUGACCACAAAGACGUCAUGUUGGCGAAGCAAGGGGACGCUGAGUUGGCUAAAGUCUGCUGCCACUGCUAUGGUAUUUUCGCGGGCAUCAAUGAGCUUAAAAAGCACAUGAAAGUAGAACAUCCACAAAUGGCGUACAGGUGUAUCAAAUGUGGUGCCCGCUUCACUCUCAAGCAGGAGCUGGCCCGCCACGCUCUUGUUGGAUGUGGAGGUUUUGUCUCUCCGACAUCCCUCACUUCCCAAACUGCAGAAGCUGCUUCUGUAUCUGCCUUCCAAUGUUCUAAAUGUGGCUUCUCCUCCGACUCUGAGGCGGAAUUCUUGCUACAUACUGCUCUUCACGAGGACCCCGUCCAAGAUGGAGACGUUCGGCGCUAUAAGUGCCCUUUGUGCCCAAGGGUGUUUCUGAAGAGUUCGCUACGGAAGCAUCUACACUCUCACACAGGCGAGCGUCCUUACUCUUGUUUACUGUGCAACGCCGAAUUCUCAAGAAAGGAUGUUCUGGAGAACCACGUGUUGGGCGUUCACUGCCUCAAAAGGUCCGGAGACUCCUGGCAGCCUCAGUCUGAGCGGAAGAAGACCUUCAGUUGUGACGUGUGCGGCGCUGCCUUCUAUGACAAAAAUACCUGUAACCAACACAGAUGGACCCACGAGUUAAAGAAGUUCAAGUGUCAAGAAGAGGGUUGUGUGUACUCGGGUAGGUCGAGAGGGGAACUUCAGUUGCACAUGAGGAGCCACGGAGACGAGCGACCUUACCAUUGCAACGACUGUGACUUCUCCACCAAGACCAAGGCCCAGCUCGUGAGACACGGUCGAACUCAUCUAAACUCCAAGAGCCAUCAUUGUCCUCAUUGUCAGUUCUCCUGCAACUCGUCCACUCAUCUCAACCGUCACCUCAGACUACACACCGGAGCCAAGCCCUUCCACUGUCCACAUUGUGAUUUCUCGUGUAAUUUGUUGGAGAACCUACGCAAGCACGUGUUGUCGACCAAGAAGCACCCUGGGAAGUGUCUGUAUACUUGCUCUGAGGAAGGUUGUCUCUUCGCCACCAACCUCGCCAAGGAGCUCCGAGCACAUCUAGUGACCGUCCAUGGCCAGACCGCUACCGCCGCCACCUCCUACGUCGCCGGUCUCUACCACGGGGGCGAGGACCCGAGCCACGUCGACCACCCUCUCCCUGCUGUCUACAGGAAGAAACGCAAGACGGCGGCGAAGCGCCUGCCUGAAGACACCUUGGUCCCUCACUCGCAGACCCUCUCCGACAACCCGACCCUCGCCUCCGCCGUGAUCCCCGGUGGCUCCUCCGAGACGGGUCGUCCAGAGGACCUACUGAGGACCGUCAUCAUCUCCGAGCCGUCAGAUGACGUCAUCUGCAUCCAGCUUCCGGCGGAGGACGGCCUGGAGUACGACGGCAGCUCGUUCUUCCGGCUGGACCUGGAAGACCAUGGAGGUCUUAUAGUGAUUGACGAGGGGAUGGGCGAGGACCAGCCACGAGAGUAGAGGACAGCAACAAGAUUUUGAAAGGAAACAUUAUUGAAGUUUAAAUUAAUUUUGAA